UCUCCACGGUCUCAAGAUGCCCCAGAGGGGUAGGAGUGGAAGCGGCCGUUAUCCUCUGGAGGUUAAAGCUGUUGGAGUCCUUCAACAUGGGAAAUUCAAGCAUAAUAUGUUUACGGUCUUGUGGUCGGACCGUAACGAUAUUCUGAUUUACCGAAUGUUUGAAGACUUCAAGAAGUUAAACCGACAGCUGAAGAAGAAAUUCCCUCUGGAGUCCGGAUUCUUCAAAAAGUCCGAGUGUGUCCUCCCUAAACUGAAAGACGUUCCAAUCUUUCGACGGAACAGAAACACGAACCGUUUCAUCGAGAGGCUCCGGCUUCUUGAGGUCUACUCCUCGGACCUUCUGAAAACCGACGGGAAAAUCUCACAGUCCGAAGAAGUCUUCAAGUUCUUCGCCCCGAGCAAUUAUGACCUUAAUCCAACCUUUCCAGAAAACAGCUUGGUGAUCAUGCCAUCAGAUGCAAGGGAGCAGAACAAAGAACCCCCGAAACCGCUGCCGGAACCCCCGGCCAAGGGACCCAUCAUCUCCCAGCAGUAUGUGUGUAUAGAAGACUAUGAGACCAAAGACACCAAGAACAGGCCCUUCAAGGUGAAACGCAACGAGCUUCUGGGUGUGUUGAUCAAGGAAAGCUCAGGCUGGUGGUUGGUGGAGAAUGAGGAGAAGAGGGUUGCUUGGUUUCCCGCUCCUUUUCUCAAAGACCUUGAAAGCAACGAGGAUUCAAAUUCAGGAGCAGAUUCUGACUAUGAUGGAGUCGUUUACUACGCAUCGAAAGGGUAUGAAGCCAUGAGCUCUGAUGAGCUGACCAUCAGCAUCGGAGUCAUUGUGGAAGUCAUGGAGAAAUCCAUCAACGGCUGGUGGCUGGUCAGGUAUAACGGAAGAACCGGAUACGUCCCUUCAAUGUAUCUAAAACCUUACAACACUUACCAGCAACUUCAAAGCAUGAUCACUCAGGGCAAAUGUACGUCCACCCUUAACCUUUCCAAAGCCACCAGUUCCUUGGCCUUGAACGCAUUAGCGGGAGGCUGGAGGUCUCAGGAUGACCAUCACGUGACCUCCACCAACGACGAUGACAGAAGGAACAUCCAGAAACUGGACAGAAGGAAGUCCCGGUCUCUCUACGGUUUGUCGACGAACAUGCAGCGUGAAUUGGCUUCACCAGUGACCGCUAACCCAGACUGGACGCCUAUCCCAAAGCAGAGGAAAAACUAUAAGGAACCCGAGGCGAUAGCCAAGCCACAAAAAAGUUACGAUGUGAUUACAACCGACGCUUCCCGGAAGCCUGUGCCUUCCCCCCAACCUCAACACCCUCAGGCAGCAAUGCAGACGCCCAAACCAAAGAGAGAUGAAGACUCCCGAUCCAAGACACCGGCACAGCACACGUACGACAGGAUUUUAACCAACGCGUCUCCAACGCCCACCUCUUACCCUCAACCACAGCGCCCUCAGGUCCCCAAACGGCCCAAACCGCACGAGAUUUUGCACAAGUGCACGACUGUGACAAAGACUGCCCUGCAAGCUCAGGCAGAACCCUACCUCUCCAGCGCUAAUUAAUUAGUAAUUAGUGAAAAAAAAAUCUAUUCGGAAAAAAAAAAACUAUUUCAUGCUUAUGUAUUUUAUUUAUUUUACCAAUGUCCUGUGUAUUCACUAAGUGAACGGUUGCCUACAUCCAAGUACUUCCUACUUUUUUAUUGUUAAAUAAAUAUUUUCAUAUAAA